AUGGAGGUCCGGCCCCCACAGGCAGAAUGCCUUCCUGAUGCGGAAGAGCCCACGACCGGGGCUGAGCACCGCACCGAGGAGGAGCAGCUGCACCACCACCAGGAGGAGGAGGAGGUAGAAGUGCUGGGCGCCUGCACCACUUCAGCUGAGGCAGCCAAGGCGCUGCUGCAGGAAUGCGGGGUGCCGCUGGUGGACAUCGAUCUCGACCGCUAUCCCGAGCGGCGUCGGGAGAUGGUGGAGCGCACCAACCAGCGGACCGUGCCCCAGAUAUUCUUCAACGCCGUACAUGCGGGCGGCAAUGAUCGCUUGCAAGAACUCGCCGCUGCGGGGGAGCUCAACGCCCUCAUUGACCUCGUAACUCGGGAGGCCCCCGCCGACGCGCCAGCGCCCCCUAAGGCUAGCACCCGUGGAGACCUCGGCGUGGUGGUAGCGGGGGACAUCAAGUGCGAACCCGACGCUGCGGCCCUCCUCGUCGAGCAGAUGCGCCGGGCUGGCCUUGUACACAAUCGGAUGUGGCACCUGCGCAAGUACCGCAAGGUGUUUGUGGGCAAGGAGGCCGUCGAUUGGCUCAUCUCUCCCGCCUCUGGCCUGGCGCUGGCCACUCGAGAAUCACUCACGUGGGCGCUGUCGGCUGCCACGUGCUGGUGGCUGGUGGUGGGUGGCGGUGGUGGGGGAGGCAGAGCGGAGGCGGUGGAGCUGGGCAACAGGCUGAUGGCCCACCACUACCUGCACCACGUGACCCACGACCACCCGUUCGCCGACGACCACCUCUUCUACCGCUUCAUCCAGGAUGAAGAGGUGACCCCCAUGACCCUCAACGCUACACACGCGUCGUCGUGUCUGGCGCGACCCGCGGCAGAAGUGGCAGAGGAGGUGAGGCGCCUCAUCGUCGCCCUCUACGACGAUUUUCUCUCUCCCGACGGCAAGCCAGCCGCCAGCCACGGGACACUGUCAACCAAUGAGGUGGUGGGGCACGGCGAACGGGGACUUUGGCAGGAGGUGGACUAUGCGGGGAUCGCGAGGAGCGAGGCCUUCAGGCGGUACCUCCGCAAUGCAGCCGAGCUGCAGCGCGUCGAUCUGGCUCACCUGACCCGCGAGGAAAAGCUGGCCUUUUUCAUCAACGUCUACAACGCCAUGGUGAUCCACGCGUACGUGGAAGUGGGUCCGCCGGGUUCGCUGAUCCAGCGGCAUCGGUUCUUCAAUCGGGUGACGUACCUGAUCGGGGGCCAUUUCUUCUCGCUCAACGACAUCGAGCACGGCAUCCUGCGCGGCAACCGCAAGCCACCGGGGGGGCUUGGCCGCCAGUUCUCCCGAAGCGACCCGCGCCUCCCUCUGUGUCUACCCGAACCCGAGCCCCGCAUCCACUUUGCUCUGGUGUGUGGCGCCAAGAGUUGUCCGGCCAUCAAAACCUACCGAGCAUCGGACGUGGACGAUGCACUCACCACAGCCACGGAGGCCUUCUUCGAGGUCGGCGGAGGAAACCUGCAGUUGAACCCUCCCAAACGAGAGGUCAAGCUCUCCCGCAUCCUCGACUGGUAUCGCAUCGACUUUGCCCGCACGGACGAGGAGCUGCUCCGGUGGGUUGCGGACUUUGUGUCGGCCGAGACAGCCAAGGUGCUCCGUGCGUGGGCGCGGGACGGCAACUGCAAGGUCUCCUUCCUCAAGUACGACUGGAGUGUCAACAAGGCAGCAGCAGGCGACGCUGUGGGGUGA